UCACUAACCAGCUUCACCACUGGCCUGGAUGACACCACAGCAAACACCACUAACACAGAACAAAACACCUCCUGUGAAUUUUCAAGGAUCCGAACUCAUCCUGUUUUCACAUUUGCAUACUCACUAGUGUUUCUUGUCAGUCUGGUUCUGAACUGCAUCACGAUGCGUGUGUAUUUCUGCACUAAUCAGCGUGUCCAGUCCAGCGUCACGGUCUACAUGAAGAACCUGGCCGCAGCUGACUUCUUCCUUUGUCUUAGUUUACCUUUGCGCAUUGCUAAUUAUGCCAGCAGUUCAGAGAUGAUGCGUAAUAUUUACUGCAGCUUUGGAGCAACAGCCUUCUAUAUAAACAUGUAUGCAAGCAUUCUCUUCAUGGAUUUUAUUGCUGCAAACAGGUACCUGAAGAUUGUCCGGCCACUGGAGACUCAUUCUCUUCAGAAGGUUCGAACCGCCCGCCACAUUUCUGCAGCUACUUGGGUCUCGCUGUUAGCCACAUCUUCCAUCUACUUGAUCCUCUUCCUCCUGACCUCCUGGGGUAAAAUUCAUAAGCCUGACAAAAUCGGCUGUGAGGCUUUCCACAGUCCUUCGCUCAGUGUGGCCUACAAAAUCACUCACAGUGUGUCUAUGGUGCUCUUCAUUUUUGUGCUGGUGUCUCUGAUUGCUCUUUACUGGGGGACUCUGAAAAAAGUCAGAAAAGCUCAGAUGUCCACACAGGCCACAUCCAGCAGCCAUAAGUUCAGGAAGUCUAAACGCAACAUGCUAGUUCUAGUGCUUGUUUUUUGUGUGUGCUUUGUGCCCUAUCAUCUGGUGCGACUGCCUUAUGCGUUUAUAAAACCUCAGACGAAACUCUGCACAGCCCAUGCGUUCUACGUCCUGAAGGAGCUGACUGUCCUACUAUCAGUGCUAAAUGCUUGCUUGGAUCCACUUAUAUACUUCAUCUUCUGCAAGGCCUUCAGAGCCCAGCUGUGCCUCAGAAAGAAAACAGAUUCGACGAGAGACAGCGACGAUAGAGGACAGCAAAGACGAAUGAGCAACAUGUUGACCUACAUCGAGACAAAGAUAUCCACACUCAGACGUGAAAGUGUCAUUUAACACAGACGAUUGUCAGGAAGGAUGACAGUUUACUUAGUAAACCACAACAAAACGAGUGCAAUGUAGAUGAAGGAUCAUUAGAUUGCACAUGUAGCAGCAGUUCAUCUUAAAAUCAUGCACAUCUGAGGUUUUGUCCUUUUAUCUUGCACAACAUAUAAUUUUCAGUUUCACUGUCACUAGAUUACAGCUUGAAAGCGAUCUAAUAGU